CGCACAUCCCUCUGUUCUACCUUUCUCUGCAGUGCAUCAGUACGAGCCAUGUUCUUACGAAUCCUCAUUGCGUUCUCUCUGUUGCUCUUUGGCUUUCGAUCGGUGGGCGCUCAAAGUAUCCCGCCGCUACCGACCGGACUUCCGGGUGUCGACGGAGUUUGUAUAGCAACUUGUACAACAUUGGCAGCCGUACAGUACGGUUGUAUCACUCCGGCGAAUCUGCCUUGUGUGUGUACGUCAACUGCGUACUGGGACGGGGCGCUGUCUUGCUUGCGCAAUAAUUGCACCACGCAGGACGUCCAGCUCGCAUCUGACUUACAAGUGGACCAGUGCCUCUACGUAUCGUUCUUCACGAACCCUACAAGCGUGUCGUCAGCGGCCUCGCGGUUCUCUGUCGCCGCAUCGUCCGUGCUGGCAAGCGAAUCCUCCGUCUACUCGUCCAUCUCAUCCGCCUACAAGUCCAAAGGCUCUGCGCUCUCAUCCGCACUCGAGUCCUAUGCGUCUUCUGUGUCCAGUGUGCUGUCGUCGGAAGCAGCCUCGAUCGCGGGUAUACCACAAUCUAAUGCGGUCUCCCCUGCGAGCACGAGCGGAGGCUCAACAAACACUGCGAAUGCAGCCGCUGGAAGUCGGGUCGGAUAUACGAUGGGUAUCGUUGGUCACAUUGCUUCGCUCGUAGUGCUCCUCAGUAUGUUGUUCGGGGCGACCAUUAUCUUUUGAAUGACUGAGACGAUGUGAGCAUUGGUGUUCGGAGGAUCUUAGAAU